AAACUUGAAUUCUCCUACUCAUGUAGACAGAAGAGCUAUGGAAAUCUUUACAAUGCUCUUUGUCUUUACAUCACUUCUGUUCUCCAUUCUAAGUAUCUCCAACACCAAAGACAUCAUCACUCCAAGUGUAUCGAUCAGAGAUGGAGAGACCCUUGUUUCCUCCGGUGGAAGCUUCAAAUUAGGAUUCUUUAGCCCUGGUAAUUCGAGUAACCGAUACUUGGGAAUAUGGUUCAAUGAAAUAUCUCCUCAGAAAGUUGGGGUGGCCAACAGAGAAAAUCCACUUACUCAUCUCUCAGUAGGAGCUUUGAAUAUCACUGAUCAAGGAGCUCUUGUUCUUUUAAGUGACACAAAUAGAAAUAGCAUUGUUUGGUCAUCCAACACUUCAAGAAAAUUCAUAAGGAAACCAGUUGCUCAGCUCCUAGAAUCAGGAAAUCUUGUAGUGAAAGAUGGAAAUGAGCUUGUGUGGCAGAGCUUUGAUUAUCCAACUGAUAAUUUGCUACCAGGAAUAAAGCUUGGCUGGAACUCGAAAACCGGGCUAAACAAGGUUUUGUCUUCUUGGAAAGAUGCAGAUGAUCCAGCUCCGGGCGCAUUCUCAUUUUCCAUGGAUUGUAGCGGAUACCCUCAACUGGUUAUUAAGAAAGGUCCUAGAGUACAGUAUAGGUUGGGUUCAUGGAAUGGCCUUGGUUUUACAGGGAUUCCUGAACUUGGGAAUAAAUUAUUUAAAUACGUUUUCAUUUCAAAUGAGAGUGAGGUCUCUUACAAGUUUGAGUUCCUGCAGGAUGCGUUGCAUGCAAGAUUACUGCUGAACUUGUCCGGUGUCUUGCAGGGGUUCAUGUGGUUUGAUAUAUCACAAAGCAAUGACAUAAUGUACUAUGCAGAUUGGUGUGACACCUAUGAUUUGUGUGGUGCAUAUGCGUUUUCUUUCUGCAAGCUUGGUACUGAUCCUCAAUGUUCAUGCUUACAAGGUUUUGUACCAAAAUCUCCCAGAGAAUGGAAUUCAAACAACACGUCUUUGGGGUGUGUUCCUAAAACUCCAUUGGGUUGUAGUAAUGGAGACAGAUUUCAGAAUUUCACUAGGGUGAAAUUAACGGAUACAUCUUCGUCAUGGAUCGAUAGUACUAUGUCCCUCGAGGAAUGCAAGAAAAUGUGUUUGAGAAACUGCUCUUGCACAGCAUAUGCAAAUUUGGAUAUUAGUGAAGGAGGAAGUGGAUGUUUGCUUUGGUUUGGUGAGCUCAUUGAUAUAAAAGAAUUCGAAUCUGGUGGGCAAGUCCUUUUUGUCCGGACAGCCCUCUUAGAUGACAUCAAGACGAGCAAGCCCUCUGGUGUAAAGAAGAAAGUGGCAAUCAUAGCCAGCGUUGGGCUGCUAGUCAUGGGAGUGAUAAUACUAGGAUUGGUUUUUUACAAGCGGAAGAAGAAAUUGAAAGCACAAGGCAGAAAUUUAGGAGAGGACAAAAUUCUGGAAGGUGAUAGAAUUUUUUUGAUCCUCCCUCCCUCUUCCUGUUUUGGAAAGAAUCAUGAACUUAUUGCUUCAUCAACUUUCUCAGGAAAAAUGAAACACAUACGUGAAAAGAACUUUAAUUUUGAAUGCGGAAACGAAGACAUGGAGCUGAUAACAUUUGAUUUGGCCACCGUAUCCAGAGCCACUGACAAUUUCUCAAACAAUGACAAGCUGGGAGAAGGUGGUUUUGGACCAGUAUACAAGGGCAUACUGAUAGAGGGGCAAGAUAUAGCAGUUAAAAGGCUUUCAAAAUGUUCGGGGCAAGGAAUUAAAGAAUUCAUGAAUGAAGUAAUAUUGAUUGCUAAACUUCAACACAGAAAUCUUGUAAAGCUUCUUGGUUGCUGUAUUGAGGGAGACGAAAAAAUGUUAAUUUAUGAAUACAUGCCCAACAAGAGCUUGGACUAUUUCAUAUUUGAUGAUACAAGAAGUAAAUUACUUGGUUGGGAUCAACGUAUCAAUAUCAUCGGCGGAAUUGCUCGAGGACUUCUUUAUCUUCACCAAGAUUCUAGACUGAGGAUAAUCCAUAGGGAUCUUAAAACCAGCAAUGUUUUGCUAGAUAAAGACAUGAAUCCAAAAAUAUCUGAUUUUGGCACGGCUAGAGCAUUCGAGGCAGAUCAAACUGAAGAAAAUACUAAUAGAGUGGGUUUGGUUGCCUUUGCUUUUGCCGGGUUCACAGGGCUUCUGUGUUCUGCCUUAUCUGCUGCCGUGCUCACAGGAUUUUUGUGUUCUGCAAUUGGUGCUUCUCAACAACAACCAGAAGAUAGACCAAACAUGGCAUAUGUGGUGCUGAUGUUGGGUGGUGAGGGUUCAUUGCCUGCGCCCAAACAACCUGGUUUCUUUACUGACAGGAACCCAAUUGAAGCAGAUUCUUCAUCCACCAAGCGUGAAUCACACUCAAAAAAUGAAAUGAGUAUAACGCAGAAAUCCCUCUCCGGCACAGAGAAAAAAGAAAAAUUAUUAAUGGGUGGUCCUUGUUCUCUGCAUAUUAGUACUAAUUUGCUCUUUCUGUUUUUCACAAUUUCCUCUGCAGUUGACAGCAUUAGCCCCUCGCAGUCUGUCAGUGACAACACGACGUUGGUUUCAAGUGAUGGAAGCUUUGAGCUUGGUUUCUUCAGUCCCGGUAGCUCCACAAAUCGUUACUUGGGAAUUUGGUACAAGAACAUCCCAGGUAGAACUGUUGUUUGGGUUGCAAACAGAUGCAACCCCAUUAAUGAUUCUUCCGGCAUGUUGAUGAUAAACAGCACAGGCAAUCUUGUGCUGUUUGGUCAGAACAAGAGUCUUGUUUGGUCCACAAGCUCAGUUAAACGUGUCGAAAAUGCAAUGGUACAGCUUUUAGAUUCUGGAAAUUUGGUAGUAAGAGAUGUGAAAGAUGGAAUUUCAGGACCCUAUUUGUGGCAAAGUUUCGACCAUCCUUCUGAUACUUUGUUACCAGGAAUGAAGUUGGGAUGGGACUUAAGGACGGGUCUGAAACGACACAUAUCGGCAUGGAAAAACUCAGAAGAUCCCUGUCCAGGCAAUUUCACGUAUGGGAUUGAAAUGGAACUUCAAGCAUACCCCGAGGCAUAUAUUCGCAAUGGCACCACGAAAAUUUAUCGUGCCAGUCCGUUUAAUGGCCUCACUUUCUGUGGUUCAUCAGAGAAGCAUCCUGCUCGUUAUGGUUUCAACUUUGUGUACAAUGAUGAGGAAGUGUAUUACAUGUACAAACCCACCAUUAAGUCUAUAACAUCAAGAAUAGUUUUGAACCAAACCACCAGUUCAUGUAUUCGCUUUCAUUGGAAGAAAGAAGAUGAAGCUUGGACUGCCCAUUUAUCAAGACCUAGAGAUGUGUGUGAUCAUUAUGGCUUCUGUGGAGCGAAUGGAAAUUGUAUUGGUGAGAAUCCAGUCUGCCAAUGUCUAAAAGGAUUCAAGCCUAAGUCUCAAGAAAAAUGGAAUUUGGCUGACUGGUCUCUAGGAUGUGUGCGCAAUAAACCCUUGAGCUGUCAGGAAACAGAUAAAGAUGGGUUUCUCAAAUUCGUUGGCUUGAAAUUGCCAGAUACUACGCAUUCUUGGGUGAACAAAAGUAUGAAUCUCAAGGAAUGCAGAGCCGAAUGCUUGAACAACUGUUCUUGUAUGGCUUAUAGAAGCUCAGAUAUCAGAGGAGGUACUGGCUGUGCCAUCUGGUUUGGUGAUCUAAUAGAUACCACACAGGCUCUGACUUCUGGGCAGGAAAUAUAUAUUCGAAUGUCAGCUUCGGAGUUAGAAGAAAAUGACGGUAAGCUGAAGACUGCAUUGAUAGUUGUAGCUGUCAUAGCAGUAGUGUUUUCUGGAGUGCUGUUAGUUGCCUAUUGCAUUCACCGGAGAAGGAAAAAAUUAAAGGAAAUAAGAGACAGAAAUCAGGACAAUGAAGGGGCACCAAAGGAGGACCUGGAGCUCCCGCUCUUCGAAUUGGCCACUGUAAUUAGUGCCACAGAUAACUUUUCAAGCAAUAACAAGCUGGGAGAAGGUGGCUUUGGACCGGUUUACAAGGGGACGCUAGCAGAUGGACAAGAAAUUGCUGUGAAGAGGCUUUCAAGAAGUUCUGGCCAAGGAAUGAACGAGUUCAUGAAUGAAGUUAUACUGAUUGCCAAACUUCAGCACCGAAAUCUGGUAAAACUUCUUGGUUGCUGCGUUCAAGGAGACGAGAAAAUGCUGAUCUAUGAAUACAUGCCCAACGGAAGCCUGGACUCAUUCAUCUUUGAUCAAAUGAGCGGAGAACUACUGUUAGAUUGGCCUAAACGUUACCACAUUAUUUGUGGAAUUGCUCGUGGUCUCCUCUAUCUGCACCAAGAUUCCAGGCUAAGGAUUAUUCAUAGAGAUCUCAAAGCAAGUAAUGUCCUACUUGAUAAUGAAAUGAAUCCAAAAAUUUCAGACUUUGGCUUGGCUCGAACAUUGACUGGGGGAAAUCAGACUGGAGGAAAUACAAACAGAGUGGUUGGAACAUACGGUUACAUGGCACCCGAGUAUGUUAUUGACGGUCUAUUUUCUGUAAAGUCUGAUGUCUUUAGCUUUGGUGUUUUGGUGCUGGAGGUCAUUAGUGGAAGGAAAAACAAGGGAUUCUACCACCCAACCAGCCCUAACCUUAUCGGACAUGCAUGGAGACUAUGGAAUGAAGGAAGGCAUUUAGAACUGAUUGAUACAUAUUUAGGAAGCGCAUCUACUCUAUCAGAAAUGUCGCGUUGCAUCCAUGUUAGUCUCUUGUGUGUGCAGCAUCAUCCUGAGGACAGGCCAAGCAUGGCGUCUGUGGUUAUAAUGCUGGGAAGUGAGAUGGCUUUGGCUCAGCCCAAACAACCUGGUUUCUUCAUGGAAAAGGAAUCACAUGAAGCAGGUCAUUCUUCAGAAAAUCAAUCAUCUUCAGCCAAUGAAUUAUCCAUUACGGUUUUGGAGGCUCGAUAAGGUUCGAUUAUAUAUGUUAUUGCUGCUAUCUUGACAUGUUCAUAUAUUUCCAAAACAUGCAAGUUUGUAGAUUCAAGUGAUUCUGUACCUGGUUCAAGCAUUGAGGCUAGAUAAAGACCACAAAGCUAUUCAUCUCAUGCUGCGUCUAUUUUUCUGUAUAUAUUCGUUCAGUAUUUUGUCCUUCGAUCCCUCACCUUUUCUGUAUGAGACUCCAUUCCCUCUCCAAUUUUUCCCUUUGGUGUAAAUUGCAACAAUUUAUAGACAAAGGUUACACCAAAA